GCACAACACAACGGCGUCGUUUAACUCCUCUUCCAUAACAAAUUAGAAAAGUCAUUUCCUCUGCCUUUUGUCAGGUUGUCACCAACUCCACGAUUCCUUCCGUAAUAACCAUUUCAAUCUUCUCUGCUAUUUCCUCCUUUCGCUGUCUUUGCUGCCACAAACGAAAAGGUGACAUUACUUUGCAGUAAAGAUGGAUUUUAUCUUCAGAGGACUAAUUGAUGAGUCUGCACCUUCGCAGCUAGAGAUGCUCAGAUGUCCGUUUCUGAGGAAUAUCAAUGAGCCUACCAAUUUUUCGUUCUCCUCUUCAUUGGCUUUCCCCAUGCCUGUUCGCUCUGGGAAAGGUCCGAUAUUUGAGGAUGGCCCCAAUUUUGAGACGGCGUUCAGACUUUUUCAUGGACAUGAUGGUGUAGUCCCUCUUUCUGAAAGAGCUUUGUUGCUCUCUGAGAAAGUAGCGCCUGAGUCUGCUUCUGCCAUGCCCCAGUUUAAUCCCUUAGCUGCAAAGGCAGCCACUAUUAGUCUCUCAUCCUUUUGGCCUGGAGGGCCCCUCGGCUUUCAUUCAUUUUCUGAGAAGUGGAAGAAACAAAAGAGAAAAUCGAACUCCUCCAAAAAAGAGUCUUCUUCAAAGGGAGGACAUUCAAAUCAUGAAGCAUUGAGCAAUGAGUGGCUACAGAGUGGAAAUUGUCCGAUUGCAAAGUCAUAUAGGGCAGUUGGCAACUUCCUGCCGCUUGUUGCAAAGGUGUUACAGCCCCCCCAAGGCGUGCAACUCAGGUGUCCAUCUGCUAUUGUUGCAGCACGAGCAGCUCUAGCUCGAACGGCUUUUGCAAAGAACCUUCGCCCACAACCACUGCCUACAAAAGUACUUGCUAUUGGGAUGUUGGGCUUGGCAGCAAAUAUUCCUUUGGGGAUUUGGAGGGAGCACACGGAAAAAUUCUCACCAUCCUGGUUUGCUGCUGUCCAUGCGGCCGUGCCAUUCAUUGCCAUGCUUAGGAAGUGUGUAUUGAUGCCUAAAUCUGCUAUGAUAUUUACCAUAGGAGCGUCCGUGUUGGGACAGAUAAUAGGCUCUAGGGCAGAGCGAUACCGGCUGAAGACAGUAGCUGAGAAAAAAUUACCUCUUGCGGAAACAUUCAUGGCUGAGAAAACGUUGCCUCAUGUGGAAACUUCAGUUGGUAGGUCAAGUCAGUUACAAGUUGCCACCUUUAAGGGUGGGCACUGUGGCAAUCUUGUGGAGUGGGAGAAAGCUUCUGUUCUAAUGGCAGGACCACCUUCAUCGGCAGAUCGGGUCUAUUGAGUCUAUUUAACCGGCCAGGUUGGUGUAAUUUCUUUGUGCUUUGUGUUGUAUAAUUCUUUAGGACGAGAACGCCGUGUCUAUUUUUAAUGUUUUUUUUUGUCAUUUUGCUUUCUGUGAAAGACCAGUUUUCUGGCAAGUGAGUUAAAUAAAAGAUGAGCAACCCAUCUUCUGGCUUUUACUCCUCAA